AUGGGUGUCAAGGACAUUAAGAAGGCCAGAAAUGCUGUAGAAUUCAACAGGGAAUCUUUGGAAAGUGUGUUGAAGAGAAGAUUUUUCUUUGCUCCAGCUUUUGAGCUUUAUGGUGGUGUUUCCGGAUUGUAUGACUACGGCCCUCCAGGUUGUGCGUUCCAAGCAAACGUUGUUGAUUUGUGGAGGAAGCACUUUAUUUUGGAAGAGGAUAUGUUAGAAGUCGACUGUUCUAUGUUAACUCCAUAUGAAGUUUUGAAAACUUCAGGUCAUGUCGAUAAGUUUUCGGAUUGGAUGUGUCAAGAUCCAAAGUCCGGAGAAAUAUUUAGAGCUGACCACUUGAUAGAAGAAGUCUUGGAAGCACGUUUAAAGGGUGACAAGGAAGCAAGGGGUAUUGCAGUAAAUUCGUCUGUUAAAGAUGAUGCGGACAAGAAAAGAAAGAAAAAGGUAAAGGAAAUCCAGGCUGUCAAAUUAGAUGAUAAAGUUAUCAAGGAAUAUGAAGAGGUGUUAGCUAAGAUUGACGGUUACUCUGGUCCACAACUAGGUGAGCUAAUUAAAAAGUACCAUAUUGGUAACCCUGUCACCGGAGAGUUAUUGGAUCAACCUAAGCCGUUUAACUUGAUGUUUGAAACCGCAAUUGGUCCUUCGGGGCAGUUGAAGGGUUAUUUGAGACCUGAAACAGCCCAAGGUCAAUUUUUAAAUUUUAACAAGUUACUGGAAUUCAACAAUGGUAAAACACCGUUUGCGUCUGCAUCCAUUGGUAAGUCCUUCAGAAAUGAGAUUUCUCCAAGGGCGGGUCUAUUAAGAGUGCGUGAAUUUUUGAUGGCAGAGAUUGAACAUUUUGUAGACCCAGAGAACAAAAGUCACCAACGUUUUAACGAAGUUAAGAACAUUAAAUUAAGUUUCCUACCUAAACAAGUGCAAGAAUCAGGUUUUACUGAGACAGUUGAAUCAACUAUUGAAGAUGCGGUUGCAUCCAAAAUGAUUGAUAACCAAACUUUAGGGUACUUUAUCGGUAGGAUUUAUCAGUUCUUAAUCAAGAUUGGUGUUGAUUCAGAUAAGUUGAGGUUCAGACAGCAUAUGAGUAAUGAAAUGGCGCAUUAUGCUGCUGACUGUUGGGAUGCAGAAUUGAAGACUUCUUAUGGUUGGAUUGAGUGUGUUGGUUGUGCUGAUCGAUCUGCUUAUGAUUUAAAUGUACACGCUAGGAAAACCAAGACAGCCCUUGUUGUCAGGCAGAAGCUUGAUAAGCCAAGAGAAGUAACCAAAUGGGAAAUUGAAUUAAACAAGAAACUGUUUGGUCCAAAGUUUAGGAAGAAUGCUCCAAAGGUUGAAAGCUAUUUGUUGCAUUUGUCCCAGGAAGAAUUAGCGACCAAAUCUGAGCAGCUAACCUCUAACGGUAAGGUUGUGUUUAACCUUGAGGGCAUUGACGAGGACAUUGAAUUAAGCCACGAAUUUAUUAAAAUCGAAGAAAAAACCACGGUCGAACACAUUAGGGAAUAUAUUCCAAAUGUUAUAGAGCCAUCCUUUGGUAUUGGGCGUAUUAUUUACGCCGUGUUGGAACAUUGUUUCUGGAGCAGACCACAAGACACUGCUAGAGCUGUGUUAUCUUUCCCUCCACUAGUAGCACCAACAAAAGUUCUGUUAGUUCCAUUGUCUAGUAAUGAUGAAUUGGCACCCAUAGUUACUGAAGUAUCGAAAAUAUUGAGAAAACAACAAAUACCAUUUAAGGUGGACGAUUCUGGUGUCUCUAUUGGCAAGAGAUACGCUCGUAACGAUGAAUUAGGCACUCCAUUUGGCAUUACUAUUGACUUUGAGUCUGUCAAGGAUGGUUCUGUUACUUUGAGAGAGAGAGAUAGUACUAAACAAGUUAGAGGUUCAAUUGCUGAUGUUAUCAAGGCUGUUUACGAUAUCACCUACAAUGACAUCACUUGGGAUAAAGGUACUGCACACUUGGCUCCAUUUGUUUCACAAAGCGAAUAA